GGCGCGAGAGGAACCUAACCAUUCUGGCGCCGGCAAUGCUGCUGUUCGAUUGUUAGCCGGUGUUAUUGCGAUUCUUGCUGUCCUUGAUCAUUUUCGUAUUUUCGUGUGAUCGGCAAGUUGAGAUCGGUUGAUAAGAUGGGUGACGAAAUGCCAUAUCGCACGGAAUACGCGAAGAGCGAUCGUUCCAAGUGUCAGCUGUGCAAGAGCCUCAUCGGCAAAGGGAGCCUGAGACUCGCCGCUGUUGUUCAGAGCCCAGUUCAUGAUGGAACGGUACCUAGGUGGUAUCACUUCAAGUGUUUCUUCAUGAAACAAAGACCAAAAUCUACUGCCGAUAUAGCGUGUUUUGAUGAGAUUCGCAAUGAAGAUCAAGAUGCGAUUCGAAAGAAACUUGAGGAGUCUCUCAGUGCACCUGCCCAGACGUCCGGAAAAGGGAGGAAGAGAACAAAAGCUGGUGCCUCUGGUGGUGUCUCCGGAGACUUCAGAGUAGAGUAUGCCAAAUCCAACAAGUCCACAUGUAAAGGUUGCGAGGAGAAGAUAAUAAAGGGUGAAACCAGGAUAUCGAAGAAGGAUUAUGAAAGUGAGGAAGCCAGAAGGUUCGGUGGUCUUGACAGGUGGUAUCAUGUGGAAUGUUUCGUGAAACUCAGAGCAGACUUUGGCUACUAUGAGAGCGGAGAUAAGCUUCCAGGUGCCAAACAGCUCUCAAAGGAAGAUCUUCAGAACCUGAAAGAUGCACUGCCCAAAAUGGCUGCGGGUGAUGUACCACCACCCCCUAAGAAAGUUAAAAAUGAACCGAAGGACGAGGCAGAGACAAAGGCAAUCAAGAAGCAAAAUGAUGGGCUCUACGCUAUCAAAGAUCGAAUAUCGCAUUUGGACAAGAAAGAAUUGAUUGCUAUAUUGGAGAAGAACCACCAGGACAUUCCAACGGGCAUAUCUAACAUUGUAAACCUCGUGUCUGAUAUAUUGUAUUUUGGAGCUCUGGAACCCUGUCCGAUAUGCGGAGGACAGCUCGUAUAUAAUUCCGGCUUGGGUUAUAGAUGCACUGGCGAUGCGACGGAGUGGACGAAAUGCGAGUAUGUUACCCAAGAUCCGAAAAGGAAUAAGUGCGAGAUACCAAGUGCCUCGAAGAAAGACUUUCCAAUUAAGCCAUACAAGUCUGUGGUAAGGAAACGGAUAUUUGAGAUGACUGCAUCGUCGUCGUCGAGUUCUGUUAAGAAGGAAGAGGAUGAGGUAGACGGGCCAAAAGUGAAAGGAAAGCCACGGCCCCUGAAGAACAUGCAGUUUGUUAUACUCGGUCGCACGGAGAAAGACAAGGAAGAACUGAAGAAGGAAAUCUUAUUGCUGGGUGGUGUCGUUACCACGAAGCUUCACGGUGAUCUGGCUGCUGUAAUCUCGAAUAAGAACGAAGUGGAUAGGAUGAAUAGGAGAAUGCAGGAUGUUCAGUCAUACGAUAUUCAAGUAAUCACGGAGGACUUCGUGGAGGAAGCUAAGGAGUACACGGACGCACCCAUUAUGCUCCUGAAGAAGAAAACCAUCUCCGAGUGGGGAGGCGACAUCAAUGCCAGGCUCUCCAACGUCAUCGCCAAGUCCAACGCUUCCAAGAGCAAGAGCAAAUUUGAAAAGUCCGUUUCCGGCAAGGUGAAAGUCAAGGUGAAGGGUGGCGGUGCCGUGGAUCCCGCCAGCGGCCUGGAGGAUUGCGCGCACAUCUAUCAGAAGGGCAAGGACAAGUACACCGCGACAUUGGGUCUGACGGACAUACAAUUGAAGAAGAACAGUUUUUACAAAAUACAGAUUCUGAAGCACGACAAACACGAGAAAUAUUCCUUGUUCAGAAGUUGGGGUCGAAUUGGUACCACCAUUGGCGGGACCAAGUUGGACUACAUGUCCCUGAAGGAGUGCAUACAACAGUUCGAAGCACUGUACGAGGAGAAGACCGGAAACCAGUGGGAGGACAGAGAGUACUUCGUGAAGAUGCCGCAACGGAUGUAUCCGCUCGACAUAGAUGAUGGAAACCAGGAGGUCGCCUCUCUAGACUCGGACAUCAAGAGCAACCUGCAAAAGCCGAUUCAAGAUCUGAUGCGCCUGAUUUUCGACGUGAACGAAAUGAAGAAGGUCAUGCUGGAGUUCGAGAUAGACAUGGACAAGAUGCCACUUGGAAAACUGUCCCAGAAGCAAAUCGAGAAGGCUUAUGCGGUUCUCACGGAGCUGCAGGAGAUACUCAAGAAGAGCAGCGUAGAUCGCACCACGCUGAUCGACGCCUCCAACAGGUUCUAUACACUGAUACCUCACAAUUUCGGCGUGUCCGGGCCGAAGAUUCUUGAGACGUCGAAGGAGAUCAAAGCCAAGUGCGACAUGCUGGACGCACUGCUCGAGAUGGAGAUCGCGUACAGUCUCCUCUGCGACAAGACCGAUAAGAAGGAGAAUCCGCUUGACAGUCACUACAAGCAACUGAAGACCGUCAUCGACAUACUGGACAAGACGAGUGAGGAGUUCAAGAUGAUCGAGCAGUACGUCAGGAACACUCAUGCAACUACGCACAUGCAGUACGAGCUUGAGAUUGAUGACGUGUUCGUCAUCAAGCGAGAGGGCGAGGAGCAGAGAUUCAAACCGUUCAAGAAAUUGCCCAACAGGAAAUUGCUCUGGCACGGGUCGAGAACCACGAAUUUCGCGGGAAUAUUGUCCCAAGGUUUGCGCAUCGCGCCGCCGGAAGCGCCCGUUACCGGCUACAUGUUCGGCAAGGGUAUAUACUUUGCCGACAUGGUGUCGAAGUCCGCGAAUUAUUGUUGCACGCACAGCGGCAACCCGACCGGUCUGCUGCUUCUUUGCGAAGUCGCCCUGGGCAAUAUGUACGAGAGGUAUAACGCGGAUUACAUCGUGAAGCUACCGAAAGGCAAGCAUUCGACGGUCGGUCGCGGCCAGACGCAUCCCGAUCCUCAAAGCGUUUACAAGACCGAGGAUGGCGUUGAAGUGCCCUACGGAACUGGAGUACCUGCCAAUAUCAGUAAACAGUCAGCGUUGUUGUAUAACGAGUACAUUGUAUACGACGUGGCUCAGGUGAAAGCGCGAUAUUUGCUAAGAAUGAAUUUCAAAUACAAGUAAGGAAGAGGAUACGUAACGCAGGGGUGUGAUGUUUAAGUAUCUUUUGAAUUUAUUAAUUCGGUUGUGAGCGGAAAGUCCGUGCGGAUUUCUUCAGCAAACUUUAAAUGUAGAACUUUGUAUUAUUUGAUUCUUGAUACAAACAGAAAAUUUUGUAUUUCUAAAUUCUUUAUUAAAAAAAUCCGUAUGGACUCUCCGGUCAACCCAGUACACUUCAUUAUACGUUUAAGAAUUUGAAUAUUUAUGGGUAUGUUCCUAUUUGCCUACGUUCUUGAUUAAAAGUGUUAAGUCUGAAGUUUCUGUUUGUGCUACAAGUUCCAAAUUUCGUGAUGUUACAUUUUUUUAUUCCCAGUGAUAAUAUCUUCGAUUGCAACGUGUUUUACGUGCCAACUUUUGUACUUUGUUUAAGUACACCAAAUAAUCUGUACUACCUCGAAUAAUUAUAAGAUUAUUCAAUAAAUGCUAUUAAAUCAAGAA